AUGGUGUUUCAACCCCUUCGGUUCGUAUGGGUGUCUGUGGCGCCGUCAAUUGAGCAGCGCCUCUCAGGGGUUGGAUCCAUGCACAAGGGCAAACGUAUUCCGCAGAAAUAUUCUGAUGGCUGGGAGCCGACUGCUAAGAAAAUUGGUAAGCCUGCCUAUUUUGGAUCUGUAGAGACAGCCGCCGAAGAUCAGAGCAGCGCUGUACAACGACUCCGAGAGACUGCUCAGCAACCAGCCGCGACCUCUACGGGCUUCAGACUUGUAGAGUUUUCAGCCGUACCUACCAAUUUUUCACAUCAGCAGGGACUAGCACCUUCGCUGGUGGAUCUCCAAGGUGCGCAGCAUGUGCAGCUCGCGGCACCGGCAGUAGUACAGCCAUCGCCAACUAUCGCUCGACAAGCCUCCUCUUCUCUGUCUGCAGCAAGCACCACUCCUACUUUCGAGACUUUCCGAUAUCCCAAAGAAGCUUCGGUGCACCAGAGCGUCGGGGUGGCUGCGGGUCAAAGUGGUUCAUUGGCCCCACAGGGCCAUUCUCCACACCGUUCUACCGAAGUAUCAACACGAUUGGUAAAGCUCCGGACGUUAUUAGUGCCAGGGGCUUCAAACUCUUCGAGCAGCAAGCAUCCUUUUGUUCGCGCGCCUAUGUUAAUGCCCGAUGUGAGAAUUGAGGACGUAGAGGACCGAAUUCCGGAAUCUUUGAUCUCAAAAGACUCCUCAGUUUUCCUCUUGAAGGCUGUCAGGAGCUUAUGUCUGAAGCCAGCCCUGGACCUUAGAGAAGCAAAUGAAUUGGUGCGUGCCGCGAUUAGCUUGGCCCGGCGCGCUCUGGCAUCUAUGACUACACCAGUUGACAAGGUGAAGCCCUCUGUGGCUGCAGAAGCCUUAGGACGUCGGUUCUUAGUUUUUGACGCGUUUCAUAGAGUUUUGAAACUUACUGGAGACAUCAAAGACGACUUGCGGGGAUUAUGGCAAGCUCUGGUUACGAAGGUUCCAACAACGUAUGCUCGCCCUCUUCGGGGUAUAUACAACGAAGAUCAUGUCUUCUAUCAUACCUUGUCGCGACAGCUAAGCGCAGCACUCGAAUUGUAUAAGAAUGGAUCUUCGCCGUCAGAGGACGAGAUACUUGAUCUUAAACGCAAGUUGUUUUGCACGGACUUCUCUCCCCGGGGCUUCCUUCGACAGUCGUGGGACGUAUGGAGACUUGAUGAUAUUAACUUUACAGGCACUCCGUGA